AGCAGUCGAGCCCUCGGAGGCUGCCGGUGCCGUCGUCCGCCUCUCGGCGGCGCCUCGUGUUGGUUGGGCCGCCUGGCCGGGGCCGGGAGCCCGUUGUGCGGGGCCCUGCUGGCAUCAGAUCGGACAAAGUUCCAGAUGCUCUCAGCAUACAGCAGUGAGGCUUUCUGCUUCGGGUCAUUGGUUACUGCAGUGGGACAGCCGGUACCACUUCUCGCAGCUGACAGAUUAAACAGACGGGCAUCUUGACCUGGAGCAGAGCGGGGCUUCCUGGUCCCAGCAUGUUCACAGUAAAAAGAAGUUUGAGCUGGAAGUGGUUCCUGUGCAAGGGCCUGAUGAGUGGCAGGGGAAGCUCGUUAUGGUUUUUCUCCUAAUUGAAUGACAACUGGAGUUGGCCCUGCUGCUCUCAGGCAAUAGUGGAGCUUGAGGGCUACAUUUUCUCCUUUGUUUUUUUUUUCCUAGGUCUCAAGCUGUGCUUUGAGAACAAAUUUGUUAAGUCCUUCUGCAGAUAACUGGGGCAUUUUAAUUUCUGUGCCUUAAGUUCCCAUUCUCCUCCUGCCUGCAGCUCACUAGUUCUUGACACAAAAUUGCAUCUCUUGUUUAGAUAAGAAUAAAGGCUUCCAAGCAACUGUUUUAUCUGGCGCUGAUGUGAUCAGGUUUUUGUCAGCGGUUUGUGCUCCCUCUGCUGUUUUAAAGCAGCAGAAAGGGGAAAAAAAAAAAAAAGUGUGGUUGCAAAACUGAUUGUGAGAGUGUUAGUGACAGCACUGUUACCAGACACAACAACUAAAUCUUGCUGUUCUCUCCUACCUGCUCCUUGUUCUGGGCUGUGCAGUGAAGUACUCCGGGUAUCUGGAGCACAUGGAUAAACCCUUCUGCACAAACUGCACCAAGAAGCUCCCGAGGCUGAUGAAGCUUGGAGAAGACAUUACACUGAGGGGUCUGGAAAUUGGUGUGCUCACGAUGAAGAAGGGAGAGGUGGCAAGGUUUAUAUUCUCACCGAAUUAUGCCUAUGGCCAGCAGGGUUGCCUUCCUCUGAUCCCCCCAAAUGCCACGGUCUUAUUUGAAGUGGAGUUGAUAGACUUCCUAGACUCUGCUGACUCCGACACGUUCUUUGCGUUGACAGCUGAGCAGUUAUCCAGACCUUGGGCUGCUGGAUCCGUGCAGAUGCAGACAUGUGCCCUUUAAAGCUUAUCCUGCACGCCUUGCCCUGUUUACAACCCAGUGCAGGAGGAGAAGCUGGGUCUGCCUUUGUUUGCUGCCCCGUAGUGGGGUCAGUGAAACAAGCUGCAUUUAUUUUUAGCUUUACCAGAAUCCUUAUGGUUUCACUAGAGGGCACCAGCUUCAUGGAAGUUCUCUGAAGCGUCAGAACAGUACCUAGCUGUCUGUUUAAAAACAAAAUCCUUGUGAAGUCUGGAGCAUUGAAGCGUCCCCCGCCCCCACCCUUUG